GUUGUGACUGAAACCCGUCAAUAUGGCGGCGAUCGGCCGCGGCCGCUCGCUGAAGAACCUCCGAAUACGAGGGCGGAAUGACAGCGGCGAGGAGAACGUCCCGCUGGACCUGACCCGAGAACCUUCUGAUAACUUAAGGGAGAUUCUCCAAAAUGUGGCCAAAUUGCAAGGAGUAUCAAAUAUGAGAAAGUUAGGCCAUCUGAAUAACUUUACUAAGCUGCUUUGUGAUAUUGGCCAUAGUGAAGAAAAACUGGGUUUUAACUAUGAGGAUAUCAUAAUUUGUUUGCGGUUAGCUUUAUUGAAUGAAGCGAAAGAAGUGCGGGCAGCAGGGCUACGGGCUCUUCGAUAUCUCAUCCAAGACUCCAGUAUUCUACAGAAGGUGCUAAAAUUGAAAGUGGACUAUUUAAUAGCUAGGUGCAUUGACAUACAGCAGAGCAACGAGGUAGAGAGGACACAAGCACUUCGAUUAGUCAGAAAGAUGAUUACUGUGAAUGCUUCCUUGUUUCCUAGCUCUGUGGCCAACUCAUUAAUAGCAGUUGGAAAUGAUGGACUCCAAGAAAGAGACAGAAUGGUUCGAGCAUGCAUUGCCAUUAUCUGUGAACUAGCACUUCAGAAUCCAGAGGUGGUGGCCCUUCGAGGUGGACUAAACACCAUCUUGAAAAAUGUGAUCGAUUGCCAACUAAGUCGAAUAAAUGAGGCUCUCAUUACUACAAUUUUGCACCUCCUUAAUCAUCCAAAGACCCGACAAUAUGUACGAGCUGAUGUAGAAUUAGAGCGAAUUUUAGCACCCUAUACCGAUUUUCACUACAGACAUAGUCCAGAUACAGCUGAAGGACAGCUUAAAGAAGACAGAGAAGCAAGGUUUCUAGCCAGUAAAAUGGGAAUCAUAGCAACAUUCCGAUCAUGGGCAGGUAUUAUUAAUUUAUGUAAACCUGGAAACUCUGGGAUUCAGUCUCUAAUUGGAGUACUUUGCAUUCCAAAUAUGGAAAUAAGGCGAGGUCUCCUUGAAGUGCUUUAUGAUAUUUUCCGUCUUCCUCUACCUGUUGUGACUGAAGAGUUUAUAGAAGCACUGCUCAGUGUAGAUCCAGGUAGAUUCCAAGACAGUUGGAGGCUUUCGGAUGGCUUUGUAGCAGCUGAAGCAAAAACUAUUCUUCCUCAUCGUGCCAGAUCCAGGCCAGACCUCAUGGAUAAUUAUUUGGCACUGAUACUCUCAGCAUUUAUUCGUAAUGGACUUUUAGAGGGUUUGGUUGAAGUGAUAACAAACAGUGAUGACCAUAUCUCAGUUAGAGCUACCAUCCUUUUAGGAGAGCUUUUACAUAUGGCAAACACAAUUCUUCCUCAUUCACAUAGCCAUCAUUUGCACUGCCUGCCAACCCUGAUGAAUAUGGCUGCAUCCUUUGAUAUUCCCAAGGAAAAGAGACUGCGAGCUAGUGCAGCCCUGAACUGUUUAAAACGCUUCCAUGAAAUGAAGAAACGAGGACCUAAGCCUUAUAGCCUUCAUUUAGAUCACAUUAUUCAGAAAGCAAUUGCAACACACCAGAAACGGGAUCAAUAUCUCCGAGUUCAGAAAGAUAUAUUUGUUCUUAAGGAUACAGAAGAAGCUCUUUUAAUGAAUCUUAGAGAUAGCCAAGUCCUUCAACAUAAAGAGAAUCUUGAAUGGAAUUGGAAUCUUAUAGGGACCAUUCUUAAGUGGCCAAAUGUAAAUCUCAGAAACUAUAAAGAUGAACAGUUGCACAGGUUUGUACGAAGACUGCUUUAUUUUUACAAGCCCAGCAGUAAAUUAUAUGCCAACUUGGAUCUGGAUUUUGCUAAGUCCAAGCAGCUCACAGUUGUGGGUUGCCAGUUCACAGAAUUUCUUCUUGAGUCUGAAGAGGAUGGGCAAGGAUACUUAGAAGAUCUAGUAAAGGAUAUUGUUCAGUGGCUCAAUGCCUCAUCUGGAAUGAAACCUGAAAGAAGUCUUCAAAAUAAUGGUUUAUUGACUACUCUUAGUCAACACUACUUUUUAUUUAUUGGAACACUUUCUUGUCACCCUCAUGGAGUCAAAAUGCUGGAAAAGUGCAGUGUAUUUCAAUGUCUACUUAACCUUUGCUCCUUGAAAAACCAAGAUCACUUGCUGAAACUGACUGUUUCUAGCUUGGACUAUAGCAGAGAUGGAUUGGCUAGAGUCAUCCUUUCCAAAAUCUUAACUGCAGCCACUGAUGCCUGCAGGCUGUAUGCAACAAAGCAUUUAAGAGUGUUACUGAGAGCUAAUGUUGAAUUCUUCAAUAAUUGGGGAAUUGAAUUACUGGUGACCCAGCUACAUGAUAAAAACAAAACGAUUUCUUCUGAAGCUCUUGAUAUUCUCGAUGAAGCGUGUGAAGACAAGGCCAAUCUUCAUGCUCUUAUUCAGAUGAAGCCAGCUCUAUCUCACCUUGGGGACAAAGGUUUGCUUCUCCUUCUGAGAUUUCUCUCCAUUCCAAAAGGGUUUUCCUAUUUGAAUGAAAGGGGUUAUGUAGCAAAACAAUUGGAAAAGUGGCAUAAGGAAUAUAAUUCAAAAUAUGUUGACUUGAUUGAAGAACAACUUAAUGAAGCACUUACUACUUAUCGAAAGCCAAUUGAUGGUGAUAACUAUGUUCGUCGGAGUAACCAAAGAUUACAGCGUCCUCAUGUCUACCUACCCGUACACCUUUAUGGACAACUAGUACACCACAAAACAGGCUGUCACUUGUUGGAAGUACAGAAUAUUAUUACAGAACUCUGUCAAAAUGUUCGUACACCAGAUUUGGAUAAAUGGGAAGAAAUUAAAAAACUGAAAGCAUCUCUUUGGGCCUUGGGAAAUAUUGGCUCAUCGAAUUGGGGUCUCAAUUUGCUACAGGAAGAAAAUGUGAUUCCAGAUAUACUAAAACUUGCAAAACAAUGUGAAGUUCUUUCUGUCAGAGGGACUUGUGUAUAUGUUCUUGGACUCAUAGCCAAAACCAAACAAGGCUGUGAUAUUCUAAAAUGUCACAACUGGGAUGCUGUAAGGCACAGUCGCAAACAUCCUUGGCCAGUGGUUCCAGAUGAUGUAGAACAACUUUGUAAUGAACUCUCAUCUAUCCCAAGCACCCUGAGUUUGAACUCAGAGUCGACCAGCUCUAGACAUAAUAGUGAAAGUGAAUCUGCACCAUCCAGUAUGUUCAUAAUGGAGGAUGACCGGUUUGGCAGCAGCUCUACUAGUACAUUUUUCCUUGACAUCAAUGAAGAUACAGAGCCAGCAUUUUAUGAUCGACCUGGACCUAUAAAGGAUAAAAAUUCAUUCCCUUUCUUUGCUUCUAGUAAACUUGUGAAGAAUCGUAUCUUAAAUUCGCUUACUUUACCUAAUAAAAAACAUCGUAGCAGCAGUGAUCCAAAAGGAGGGAAACUGUCAUCUGAAAAUAAGACAAGCAAUAGGCGGAUCAGAACACUUACGGAGCCCAGUGUUGACUUUAAUCAUAGUGACGAUUUCACACCCAUAUCUACAGGACAGAAAACUCUACAAUUAGAAACUUCAUUUGUUGGGAAUAAGCACAUUGAAGACACUGGUAGUACUCCAAGUAUUGGAGAGAAUGACUUAAAAUUCACCAAGAGUCUCGGUACAGAGAAUCACAAAGAAAACACAAGCCGAGAGAGAUUAGUUGUAGAAGGUUCAACGAGCUCACAUAUGAAGAUACGUAGCCAAAGUUUUAAUACAGACACUACAACAAGUGGCAUAAGUUCAAUGAGCUCAAGUCCUUCACGAGAGACAGUAGGUGUAGAUGCUACAACUGUGGACACAGACUGUGGAAGUAUGAGUACUGUGGUAAGUACUAAAACUGUUAAGACAAGCCACUAUUUGACGCCACAGUCUAACCAUCUGUCUCUCUCUAAAUCGAACUCAGUGUCCCUGGUGCCUCCAGGUUCUUCUCAUACACUCCCUAGAAGAGCACAGUCCCUUAAAGCACCCUCUAUUGCUACAAUUAAAAGUCUAGCGGACUGUAACUUUAGUUACACAAGUUCUAGAGAUGCCUUUGGCUACGCUACACUGAAAAGAUUACAGCAACAAAGAAUGCAUCCAUCCUUAUCUCACUCUGAAGCUUUGGCAUCUCCAGCAAAAGAUGUGCUGUUUACUGAUACCAUCACCAUGAAGGCCAACAGCUUUGAGUCCAGGUUAACACCAAGCAGGAUCGAUUUUAAAAAGAAGCAUGUCGGGGGAAUCAGGAGCUUAAGACCUACAAUAACAAACAACCUUUUCAGGUUCAUGAAAGCUUUAAGUUAUGCUUCGUUAGAUAAAGAAGAUUUAUUAAGUCCUAUUAACCAAAAUACCCUGCAGCGAUCUUCCUCUGUGAGGUCCAUGGUGUCCAGUGCGACUUACGGUAGCUCAGAUGACUAUAUUGGUCUUGCCCUUCCAGUAGACAUCAAUGAUAUAUUCCAGGUAAAGGAUAUUCCCUAUUUUCACAAAAACAUACCUCCACAUGAUGAUCGAGGUGCAAGAGUAUUUGCCCAUGAUGCAGGAGGUCUUCCAUCUGGAACUGGAGGUCUUGUAAAAAACUCUUUUCACUUGCUACGGCAGCAGAUGAGUCUUACGGAAAUAAUGAAUUCAAUCCAUUCAGAUGCUUCUCUGUUUUUAGAAAGUACAGAAGACACUGGACUACAGGAACAUACAGACGAUAACUGCCUUUAUUGUGUCUGUAUUGAAAUUCUGGGUUUCCAGCCCAGUAACCAACUGAGUGCAAUUUGUAGUCAUUCAGACCUUCAAGACAUUCCAUAUUCUGAUUGGUGUGAGCAGACUAUCCAUAAUCCCUUAGAAGUAGUUCCCUCUAAGUUUUCGGGCAUUUCGGGAUGCAGUGAUGGAGUAUCUCAGGAAGGCUCAGCCAGCAGCACCAAAAGCACAGAAUUGCUUCUAGGUGUUAAAACGAUUCCAGAUGAUACACCAAUGUGCCGUAUACUCCUUCGCAAAGAAGUUCUGAGAUUAGUCGUUAAUUUGAGUAGUUCAGUUUCAACUAAGUGUCACGAAACUGGGCUUUUAACAAUUAAGGAGAAGUAUCCUCAAACAUUUGAUGACAUAUGCCUUUAUUCUGAGGUUUCCCAUUUGCUGUCACACUGCACAUUUAGACUUCCAUGUCGAAGGUUCAUACAAGAAUUAUUUCAAGAUGUACAGUUUUUACAAAUGCAUGAAGAAGCAGAGGCUGUCUUGGCAACACCACCAAAGCAACCUAUAGUUGACACAACUGCUGAAUCCUGACCUCAUAUUUAUGUUGUAUAUAGAUGUAUACUAUAUAUUCAUAUUUGCGGACUUAUAAAAGCCUCAGAAAAUGCCGACUGACUGAGCAGCAAAGACAGGAGUAUCUUCUGUCCACUGUUCCAGCAAUUACUGGUACAUGAACAGUUGGAACUGCGGACUUCCCUAACCAAAACAACUUCUCUCCCCCAUGGAGCCCUUUGGGGGGCUCUUUGUUCGUUACCACAGUUUUAAGAGUUUUAGUGACCAUUGUAUGCAAGAGCCAAGCACUGAAUACUUUCUAUUUUUUCAUUUUAAGAGCAUAAUAACAGCGGAACAAUAAUAAGAUAAUGCAGAAGCACCCUUUACACAGUUAUUUCUGAAUUCUUUUUUUAGGGGUAAAUAUAAAGAUGCCUUGUUUGUUAAAUAAUUUGUGGAAAUCGGGAAUCUAUAUGUCUGAGGCUACAUCCUGUUACCACAAUGGGGUGUGCUAUAACUGCUGGUAUUAGAGGGGGAUCUUUGGCCCUUCCACUUUUUCCUUAAUGUUUAUAACACUACUUCAGAGGCUUGUGACCUCAGAGCAAAAGAAGAGCCUCAACAACCAGGACUUAGAAGUUAUUUUAUGUUUCUAGACUCACAUAAAGUUUCUUGUUUUCCAUCUCUUCAGUUUUGUUGCAAUGUGUUACUAUAGGCUAUUUGAACUGAUUAAGGUUUUUCACUACAGCUCCAGAUUAAAAUCAGAAAAUUAUAAUUCAAAAUAUUUCCCAUUUAUAGAAUGCAUUUAUUUUCAGUGGACUUCCAUUUUCAUCAGCAUCCCAUAUCAUAAUUUUAACCAGGAACUUGAACAAGCACUAUUAAUUUAGAUCUAGAGCAAAAGAAAGCAUUAAAUAACACCUUGGAUCUCUUGAGGAAAAGCUAAGUUUGCCUACAAUUUACACAUUCCAUGGGAAAAGAAGAGCCAUAGUUCUUUUUAAAAGUCAUUAAUGAAACUUACUGUUAUGAUUAAAAAUUGUAGUGAAAAGCCUUAAGUACCAAAUUUUAAAGCAGCAGUAAUUUAAUUUUUAUAUCAGUGUUCUUGUUUUGCACAAGCUAAAUGCAGUGAUAGGUGAGUUUUUGAGUACAGUAACUGCCUUCAUUACAUUUGUGAAGUUGUUAAGUUGAUGAGGGCAAGGUUUUGUUUAUUUGUGUGUUUAAUUUGUAUAUGUCUAAAGACAUUUGGAAACCUUGACAGGAAUUAAACAUAUAUGCAAAUUUGUAUAUAAAAAAGCAUGGCCAUCUUCAUUAGAAUGCUUAUAAAUGAAAGGAUUAUCUUUUUUUGAGGUCUAUUAUAAAUAGAAAAAAAAAAUCCAGCUGGGCUGAUUAGGACCCUUCUUAAAUUCAUUUGUCUAGACCAUUUUUACAAUUAUGCAUCAGCUUUGACACAGUCAUAGUACAUGGAUUAAUAUUUCCCCAUAUUAACAGAUCCUUUUUAUAAUGGGCUUGUUCUUUGAGAUCUCUGUAAAGAACCCUGUGAACCAGAAAACAUAACUCACAGAGAUACUUUUUUUUUUUUUUUUUUUAAUUUACUGGCACUGAAAGUUCCAAUUGGGAUGAAGCAUUUCGUCUCACUUCAUAACACCUCUUUGACUGCACUUCAGUGAAUUGUUCUUAUGUGCACUGUGUAGCAACUUGCCUUGUAACAAAGCAGAUAAGGGCUGUAAGCUGCUGCUUAUGAUAAAAAGUGGUUCUUCAGAUUUUCUUUCAUAAAAUCCAAUUGAAGAUAAAACAAAUGGUUUUUUUUUUUUUAACUUUAAUUUAUCACUGAACCUAAGUGUUUAUUUAAAUGUCAACAGUACUUCUGAGAACGUUGCCUGUCACCUUGGUCUUUGGUCUUGGAUGAUGAAACUGCCUUCCAGAGAACCAAAUGUCAAAAAUACUAGACCAAAUAGUGGUUAAAAACUCCAAAGGAGGUAAUGAAGUAAUCUUAUUAAUAAUGGGAUUAGCAUAUUUUAGACAUUCAUUUUAAACACUACCUCAGUUAAUAUAGAGUGUAAAAUCUGUGGUUUAAUCCCUCAAAAAUUAACAGUAAUUCUUUUUUGUUACACACACAUACACAACCAUCCCUGUCCCUGGACCCCACCUCAUUCAUCCAUCAUGAAAUGAAGUCUUCAUUACUAUUAGCCUGAACAGUUUUUUUAUUACUCUGAGAGAUGUGAGUAUAUAUCAUAAUAUUUGCCUAUAGCACUUAGUUUGGGGAGAUACUCAGAGCUUUGAGGUUCUCAGUAAUGUAAGAAAAAAGAUGUCUAUACUUAAAUGUAUAGUGCUAUUUGGUUUAUCCAUGUUUUACUGACAGGUCUAAUAUUUUUUUUAAGUACUUAUUUGUAUAAAAGUAGACUUUUACGAUGAAAAUGCUCACAUGCAGUGCCAAGUGAUUUACUUUGGUGUUUAAAAGUACUAAAUUAUAGCAGAAAAGGUUAGGAAUUUUGUCAGUGGUAAUAGAAAUAAUUGAGAAAAGCAUCUAUGUAUAAUAGAUAUUACCAGACUAUAAAAUACCAAAAUAAUGUCAAUACUAUAGUUUUUCAAGAUUUUAGAAUUAAUCUUAGUCCAUAUAAAUUUGUACUACUGGUAAUUAUUGAAUAAUUUGGAGGAAUUCGGGCAGUUGUGCUGAUCGUAAACUGUGAAUUUCUAAUUGUAAAGUGAAUUGUCAUUUUUAAUUGAAAUUUUUUUCAAGAACAGAUGUCAGCUUCACCUACUAAGUAAAUAUUGAUAAAUAAGAAAUUAGACAUUAGUAUUCAUAAUUAAAUACGGUCUAAAAUUUCUUAUACUUUUAUCUCCUGUUUAUGCUUAGGUAGAUUUGAGCAGGGGGGGUGGUGGGAAGUCUUUUCUCCCUAAUAAAAAAUUUUCUAAUAAAGACUGGUAGCAUAAGGACAUUAUGUAGGACAUUGAUAUUAAAGAGGUCUUUAGAGGUAUAUACUUUAUUAUACUAGUUACUCUAACAUCAUGUGUACAAGUCCUUUUGAAAUGGUAUGGCUUUAAUAGUUUUCAGCUCUUUUAUCCAGAGCUUGAGGCAAUUAAAGCUGAGUUUUUCAGGGCAUAUUACAAUGGCAAAGUGUUCAACAGUAAGGUGUGAAUGCUUAUUUAGAUUUGUCUACUGCUAUUUAUGUAAAAAUUGUUUUCAUUCCAUUCAGAGGAUGCCUUUUAUCCCCCACAUUAAAGCACAGAUCAUUAAGCAAUAAAAAUCAGUCAAAUUGUCAUCCAAAUUAUAACUGCAAUUAUUUUUGCAUGGUAAGAGCGAGGUGCUAAUUUUGUGUGAGAUGAGCUUUGUAAACUACCUUGGGAAAGGUCCUUUGGAAGUAAGAUUUUCCCCUUUUGUCCUGUGCUUCCAGUUUUGUUUCAAAUUCACGAUCCAUUAAACAUGGGAAAAAACAGUAGAAUUAAUUGAAAGAGUUUUAUGAGAGGAGCUGUUGGAAUAAAAGAACAUUUCAGAUUUUCCAAAGCGUAAAUUGGGAAAGGUCUCUCUUAUGUCCCCAUUCAGGAAGUACAUUAUCACCAGCUUCAUUUCAAGAGUAUCACUACAGUGAGAAUUUGAUCAUUAAAAGCAUACCAGUGAAAUUAAUAGCAAUCAAACAAUAUCAGACAACAUCAAAAUCUGUGAGAAUCUUUCUAGGAGCAUUUGUAUUUUUCUUUCAGGUCUAGGUUCCCAGGGUAGUUUUCAUUCAUAGUAGGUUUGUUAUGACUCACACAGAAUGUGGAUUUUCUCUCCUUUAGAGUAUUUUUGUAAUGUAGGUGGAUAGCUAUGCCACAGCAUGCACAAAUUGCACAUUUUGUUGGACUUUCAUUAUAAAAUAUUUAAUUUGAAAAAUAUAAUUUAUGCCAAAAAAGUAUACCUUGUAAUUUUGCCACUAAAUAGGUUGAUUUAGCACAAAAUGCAAAGUCUUGGGGCAGAAGGGGGGAGAUAAAAAUUUCAUAGAUAAUAGUUGGAAAAUGUUCCAUUAUUGGCCUGUCAGAAACCCUAAAGCUGCAUUGUUAGACAAAUGGUGUAAAUUAGUUUUGAAAAAGUGGUAAGGGGUUGUGAAAAAAAUCUCAGACUUAAUGCUCCCUAACCACAUAAUUUUCUUAUUUUUAUUUAGUAAUACGCUGCUACGUAUUUGGAGGUUCUGGUGUUUGUAGGUCACUGAACAGACAUUGAAAUCUGAUUUAUAUUGUAUAACUGUAACAUAGAAAGAAAAAGUAUUUAUAUAUUUUCCGUAAGAAUAUUUCAUUGAGUUGUGUAUAAUUUAAAUAAGGUUUGUCCCCUAAUGAUUUUGCUCACCUUGAUUUUUUUUUUUCGUGGUUUUCUUGUUUUUGUAUAAUGUGUACAGUUUAUGUCAAGGGCAUUAAAGCCUCCUGAAACAUAACCUUAUCAAAGGGAUACAUUCUUAAUAAAAUGUACUUAAAAAUUCUUAAA